AUGCUGGGCCGACUAGAGAUGAGCAUCGACGAAUGUAUUCAGGCAUACACACAACUCAUCAACUCCGUCUUUGGCGAAAAAGUGAACACCAUCCCAGUAGACUGGUCGGGAAAGAUACGGCCCCAAUACGACAGCCAGCGACUCAAAGCAGCUAUUGAGAAUGUUAUAGAGAAAGCUGGCGCAGCCCCCGGUGACCUCAUGGAUGAUGGUGCCCGCCGCCAUUGUCGCGUCUUUGUCUGCACAACAGCCAAGGAUACUCUCCAGAUUACCCGACUACGAAGCUACCCCGUACCAAAUGAAGAUACCCUUCCCGCGACAAUCUGCGAAGCAGCCCUCGCCACGUCAGCAGCAACGGGGUAUUUCGAGUCCGCGACAAUUGGAAAUCGACAAUUCGUGGACGGAUCCUUCGGAGCGAACAACCCCGUAGAAGAAGUCGAAGAAGAAGCAGCCGAUAUCUGGUGCACGACCAGUCGCGAUUUGAAGCCUCUACUCAAAUGCUUUCUGUCCGUUGGCACAGGGUGUCCUUUGAAGAUGCCAAUUGAUGAUAAUAUGAUCAAGUUUCUCUCGAAGACACUUGUUAGGAUGGCUACUAAAUCGGAGAGCACGGAGCGUCGGCUCAUGGCUCGCUGGAGUGAUGAGAUCAGGCAGAAGCGGAUCUUUCGGUUUAAUGUUGAUCAGGGUCUCCAGGGGGUUCAUAUGACGGAGUAUCAAAAGAGGGGGUUGAUUGAGUCUGCGACGCAUGACUAUUUGCAUCAUUCUACUCAGAAAGAUCGGAUUCGAGAAUGCAUUUUGAAUUUGGCUGGGAAAGAGGGUAAAACGGAUAUGGAGUUCGACAUUACCAUGCGAGAAUACGAAGCCCGGGCCUUCAAAAUGCAAGUUCUUAAGACUGUGCAUUCCCGGAAGGAUCCAUUUCUACCUGAAAGAUCCCCCUGUUGGAUUGUCCCCUUUGAGCGAAACGCCCGCUUUGUGGAUCGAGAACUCUUAGGGAAACUUAAACGAAGGCUAUUCGCCCAGGAUCAACCAGACAGAACUGGCAUCUUCGGUCUUGGCGGUGUUGGUAAAACCCAGCUCGCCCUUGAGUUGGCAUAUCAGACGAAAGAGAUGUACUCAGAUUGUACCAUCAUCUGGCUCCCAGCCGUCGAUAAGGAGACCCUUCAUCAAGCAUAUCUGGAGAUUGCUCGUCAGCUGGGAUUACGCUACGUCGACGCUGAAAAGGAAGAUGUUAAAGUCAUUGUACAAAAGCAUCUGAGUCAACCACAGAGCGGUCGAUGGCUUUUAAUUAUUGACAACGCCGACGACAUAGAUAUGUGGACCGAGGGUGCGCCUAAUUCGACUAAUUGUGGCCUCCGGGGCUUUCUACCAAAGAGUGAUCAGGGGGCUAUUGUCUUCACGACGAGAAGCACCCGGGUCGCUCAAUAUCUAGCUCCGGGGAACAUCGUUGAAAUUCCCGAAAUGGAUGGGACGAAAGCCUUGAAGGUCUUACGCAACUCGCUUGUGAAUAAGAAUCUUCUCAACGAUGAUCAGAGCGCGCGGAAACUUCUUGAACAACUGACAUUUCUACCCUUGGCGAUCGUCCAAGCUGCUUCAUUCAUCAAUGAAAAUCAAACCGAUAUUGCAAGCUAUGUCAGACUACUUGACGGCCAGGCACAGGAUGUCAUUGAUCUGCUGAGUGAAGAAUUCGAAGAUGAAGGCCGGUAUAAGAGUAUUCGCAACCCCGUCGCUACAACCUGGUUAACGUCCUUUAAGCAAAUACGAAAGUCCACACCGCUCGCUGCUGACUGUCUAGCCUUUGUGGCAUGUGUAAACGCAAAAGAUCUUCCCACCUGCCUUCUGCCCGUUCCGGAAGGCGUUGAACGGGAAAAAGCAAUCGGAGUUCUCAGUUCUUAUUCGUUCAUUCGGACAUCUAACGCUGGAACUCGGCUCGAUAUGCACCGACUGGUUCACCUCGCAACAAGGAAUUGGCUUCGAUCGAUAGGCUCUCUACACCAAUGGCAGACCAGCUCGCUCACAAUAGUGAAUCGUCAAUUCCCACUUGUCGACACUGUUCAGCGAAGUGAAUGGCGUGCAGCAAUACCGCAUGCUCGCCAGAUUUUGCAAUUCACGCCGAAUAAGAUCAGCGCUCAUAAAAUAACUAAGUUAAUGCACUUAAUUGGCUCCUGCUACGCACUUGAUGGACGAUACAGAGAAGCAGAAGAGCUGUUUCUGCAAUCAGGAGAGAUCUCCCAGAGGUUGUUGGGUGCUUCUGACCGCCGUACCCUCAAGAACCGCUGUUCCCUGGCCUACACAUACCAGGCGAUGGGCCAGCUGGAAAAAUCGAUCCACAUAUUCGAGAAAAUUCUAGAACACCACGACCACGUUCGAGGACUCGAUAACCCAGACGCAAUGGAUGUAAUGGCAAAACUUACCAGCUCUUAUCGACUAUUAGGAGACCUGCAAAACGCAGAAGAACUCGGUGAUAAAGUUGUGAGAUAUUAUCUCGAGACAUUGGGCCCCGAGUCACAGAGUACCUUGGAUGCAAUUUUCAACAUGACAUUGAUCUACUACGCGCAGGGCCGUCUUUCCGACGCAGAAAAGAUGGCGCAGCAGUCCUUGCUCAUUAUGAAACGGUUCCUUGGACCAGAUCAUCCACACACAAUAUCUGCCACGACAAGUCUUGCAGAUAUAUACAUGAAGAGCUGGAGGCUUAAAGAAGCUGAAGCGUUGUAUAUGGAUGGCUUGGAGAGAGGUCGGCGUGUCAACGGGCCAGAUCAUCCGAGUACGACGCGGGAUCUUCAUCAGCUAGCUUGGCUGGCGAAGCUACAAGGGAAAAACGCCGAUGCGAUCGCUUUGAUUACCGAGUGCUGUGAACUGAAAGCGCGUGUUCUGGGGGCAGAUCAUUAUCAAAGUAUUGAGACCUUUCAGACCCUCGAAGAUUGGACAACUGCGAAGUAA